AUGGAGAAGAAGGAAAAUGCAGAGUGGGACGUACAGAACUAUGCUUGCAACAUGCCAGUGAAAAAGGGACGCUACUUUGGCGAAAAUGCAAAAGUGUUGCUCCUUGUUAUGCGCCACCUACAUAAGAGGCAUGACCACCAGAGUGCCAUCUAUGGGGCGAUGAAGAAGACGAAUUUUUUGAGCAAUAUCAAGUGCGGAGUUUUGCUGUUGCUUGUGUUGUAUAAGAAUAGGAAGAAGGCUAGUCUUGUGGCGGACCUUUCGGUGAAAUCGGGUGCCCCAGGGGGGGUCCUGUCUCACGGGGAAGAGACAUACAGCAGUGGUGAUGCGGGACGCGAUGACGAGCAGCGUAUCUACCUGGAUAGACACUCCAGAGGAAGGAUCGCCUCCCCACCCAAAAAGAAAAAUAAACUUCUUUUAAGAAGAAGCGGGGAUGGUGCCGCCCCCCCAUUUUGUAAAAAUGCCAACUGCGUAAAGGUGACCAAAAAGAUAGGCUACCACAAGAGAACCAAAAGAAGGGGAAACGUUCAUGCGAGGUUUCAUCGGGUGAGUAGCUCCAAAUGGUCAUGCUGUCCGCCGAAGGGUGCGGACCUGGAAGGAAGUGAGCAGCCGGUGCAGUCGAUACAGUCGGUACAGUCGGCACACUCGGUAGACCCGGGAGAGGUUCCCCCGCUUGCCGAAUGGAAGAACUGCUCCACCCGAAGAACCACUAUCGUGAAGACACCCCCCGACCAUGUGCCUUACGCUGUGCAGGAGAUUCCAGCCAAGGGAAGACACACACAGUUGGUUCCUUCGCCCUCAUUAAUGAUUUAA